AUGUCGCACGAAGAUGUCAACGGUGUCUUCCCGGACUACCCGACCGUAGAAGAAGGUGGCUCUCGUUGGCUCUUCAAACAGAAACCACCUGAGCUUUUGGCGCAAGAAGAAGCGGAGAGGAAAGAACCUGAAGGCUGGCUCAUGCACCCCUCCGUCUUUAUUGAGGACCUAGUGAAUGGCUGCAAAGAAUACAAUGAUGUAUGGAAAAGUCGUGAAGAAGGCGAUAAUUUCUUUCAAAGAUGUGAUGAGGAAAUAAUUAAGGCUGACAAGCGGACAGAACUGGAUCUGGAGAUUCGAGUCCAUGUUGACGAAUUAAUGAGACAAGAACUGCGGAACUUAAAAAUCGCCAUUGAUGAAGAAAAACAAAAGCGCAUAAAUAAAAAGAAGGUCAAAAAGCCCAAAGGUAAAAAGAACAAGGGCAGAAUGAAGGACAUGACAAAAGACAGAACACUGGAGUCUGUUUAUGAGGAACUUGUAAUUGAAAACGUGAUAAAACGACCACAGAAAAUAACACUUGAUCAGUAUUACGGUGAAUACUCGUAUCUUGGCACAACGUUAAGAACCAACAUGAUUGAGCCUCAGCCAUCUUUAUUUGACGUCAAACAACUGGUCGCACUGUACGGGAUACUGCCUCUUGGUGCUCCGGAGGUUCACAAGAGAGCUGCUCUUAUACGCUCCAUCAUGCUAGCCGGACCUUCAGGAACGGGGAAAAAGAUGUUGGUGCAUGCCAUCUGUACCGAAACAGGGGCGAACCUCUUCGACUUGACUUCGGAAAACAUCAAAGGAAAAUGCGAUACUAAACACACAACUCGUCUUCUCAUUAAUAUGGUCUUCAAAGUCGCCCUCCUAUUGCAACCAUCUGUAAUCUUAGUGGAUCAGUGUGAAAGAAUGUUCAGUAAAAAGCUUCCAAAAGCGGAUAAGGCCGAGGCAAAACGCAUGAAAACAGAGCUUUCCAAAGCCAUGAAAACAAUCAAGCAGGGUGAUCGCGUUCUCCUCGUGGGCUGUACAAACGCUCCGUUCGAUGCCCAACAGGCGCCUUUCUGCAAGCUAUACGACCGCAUAAUUCUUAUCCCACGGCCAGACCACGCUUCUCGAUAUCUUAUAUGGAAAGUGCUUAUUGUGAAACAUGGGGGCGUCCUAACGAAUGCUCUUGACAUUUCAUCUCUGGCGAAGAUCUCUGAUGGCUACACAAUGGGGAUGAUGGCGAAAGCCUGCCAGGAGGUGCUAACGGAACGUAGAAUAGCCCAGUUGGACAAAGAACCUCUGGUGGCAUCGGAAUUAAUCGCUCCACUCUCUCGUAUCGACCCCGUCUUUGGGGAGGAAGAGAAGGCUUACAAGGUAAUAAUUUUGAGCGAAACGGCAAUGCCAAAUAACUCAAUCGUAUAA